AUGAAAGCGUACCUUCGACAGCAGCUUCAGAAAGCGGUUUCAACCAGCAAGAGGAGGUACAUGAAUCAAGAGAUCAAAGUGGACCUCGACCUCACGUACAUCUGCGACCGCUUGAUCGCCAUGGCCCUUCCUUGCGUCGAUGAUGCAGUGCACAGAAACGACAUCCAUGAUGUAGCCAAACUGCUUGCGACGAAGCAUUAUGGGGUGUUUCUAGUGUUCAACCUUUGCGAAGAUCAUGAGGAGAACGGAAAUGGAAAUUAUGACACCGACCUUUUGUACGGUCAAGUUCGCAAGAUACCAUUCUACGACCACAAUGCACCUCUGUUGACACAGCUAAUACGAUUUUGUGAGACGGCGUCUCACUGGCUCGAAGCCUCCCCUCAGAAUAUGGUCAUUGUGCAUUGCAGAGGCGGCAAGGGGAGGACAGGACUGUUUGUCUCCUCGUUGAUGCUGUGGACUAAAGUCUUCAAGACUUGUAGUAAGUGCAUGCUGAUCGCUCGGAGCUCCGACUGA